AUGGCGAACACUUACGAGAGAGUGCUGAACGUGAUUGGGAAGAAACCACCGCUCCGUCAGGACUUCGAGAUACAAGGACUUCUACCAUGGUUAAGGAAAAAGUCCAAACUAUUUUCGACCUUGAAAACAGAAUGCUUGAAGGACAUAGUACGGAACUGCAGCGUAGGAAAGUUCCAAAUAGAUGACGUCAUCAUCCGUCAGGGGGAGAUUGGCGACUGUUUCUACAUUAUUCUGGCGGGUAAGAUCUCCAUAUUCAUCAUCAACAAGGACAGAGAGGGGACCGGAAGCAGCGACGAGCAGUCUGCAUAUGACGUCAUCGGUAGCCUUGACAGUGAAGGAAAUCUGGACCGGAGCAAAUUGGGCAACUUUGUCACAAGUCUUGGAUCUGGAUUUCCGUUCGGCGAAGUGGCGCUCGUUUCCGACGACGCCGUACGUACGGCUACGAUUAUUGCCGAAGAGGAAACGGACUUGCUCGUGGUCGAUCGGGCCCUCUACAAUCGAGCGGUCCGAGAUGUCCUCGCGGCGGAGUUCGAGGAAAAGCAGUUCUUUAUCAAGCACAACGACAUGUUUUCCUCGUGGAUUCCUAAGUACCGGAAGCAACUAGCGAUGGCUAUGUACAAAGAGACGUUUCCGUAUGAAUCGGUGCUAGUUCGACAGGGUGACACCGUUCAAAACAUUUACUUUAUUGUCAGCGGUCAAGUUGAGAUUCGAGCCGAUAUCAAUAUGCAUCAGUCUCAAUACCCAAAACUGUACCGACUACUAGAGGACGAACGUGAAAAACUGAUCAAGGAGAAACGGCAGCGGCGUCAACAACCGGAAGUGGAAAACAUCCCGCCGCCGCUCAGAAAGAAGGACGCGCCUGUUAAGACCCUGAAAAUGUGUUACCUCGGAAAGAACGAGUCGCUCGGCGAGAUAGAGGUCCUCAUGGAUAUGGAGACGUAUAUGACGUCAGCCAUCUGCACGGAGCGCACCGAGGUCUUAGUGCUCGAGAUGAAGCACUAUGAGCGUCUCUUCGUUAAGAAGCACCAGAGAACCAUCGACGUCAUGCGCAGGCGCAUUGAGGUGAAGCUCAACACGCGCACUUCCGUUCUAAAGGAAUACGAUGCGGUGCCUCUACUCAAGCUGCUGCAACUGAAACUGAAGUUGUUACACAACCCUCCAUCAAUCCCUGGGGACAAACAAAAGGCCCACGAGAGCUCCGUGCAAAUCGCAGAGAAACUAUUCUUUAACCACCAGGGUCCUCUACUGGAUAUCGACGGUCCAGGUAGCGUGUUCUACAUGAUACGUGCCCGGGAGAAGUCCAGACUGUUGAAGGCCCACCGGAAGGAGCGACCUGGCCCUCAACAGCGCAACAAGCCGCCUGGGCACGUCCAUGUGGUGCGUGUUCCUCAGUCGCUCAUAAUGGCGGCCCAGAAUUCCGGUUCCGAGCUCACACAAGCGGCGUACCCUGAACAUGCCCAUAUAUCGAAUGAAAAUAAAAUUAUGGAAAAUAUCCAGCAAUUGCGUGGAAGUGAAAUUGACACGGUCGCAAGUUCAAACAAUCCUGAUAAUACUGAAACAAGCUUUUCCCCCGUAAUUGUUAGUCAUAGUACCGAGGACAACAAAAUGCAGACAUCUGAAGUUGUGGAAAGGACGAAUACUGUUCGAGCGUCCAUUGCAAGGUCGUUCAGGCGUAUUCAGAGUGCGGAUAAAGACAAAAACAGACAUUUAAAUGAUAUUGAACAAACGGGCGCUUCCAGCAUUAAAAGCGACAAAGAGAAUAGAUCUUUGCCGAAUUCUCCGAAAAUACAUUUUGACAGAAGCACGACUGAAACAAGACUCCAAAACUUGGAGGAAAAAGUGGCCGAGUGGUUACGGAAGGAUAAUCCGCGCGCAUGCGCAAACGUAGCAAAAUUGAGGCGUCUUCAAGUUGAGGAAUUAGAACCCCCACCGAAACCAGGAAACAAAAUUGUUAUACGUAGACGCUCACGUGGUAGCCGUAGUGAUUCGUCUGCUGCGACCGGAAGCGGAAAGUCCGAAAUGGCGGAAAGUGUAAAAUUAACCAAAAGUACCUAUAACUCACAGAAAGGGAGCAGAAGCAAUUUCCUAGAUUUGACCAAGGAGGAUCAUUCUUUGGAUAGAUACAGGAUACUUUUAGCGAAAUGAAAUUAUGCGCUGGAAUAACAAUUCUUAGGACAUAAUGAAAUAAAUAUUGAUUACGUGUUACUUUCCUGACCCCAAAAUUUUGAACUCCACAACAUUGUAUCAAGUUGACUGCAUGUAUGACUGUUCAUAAUUUUGAUGUUUGUUUUUUUUGUUUUGGUUAACAAAGUGACGUGCAUCGAUAACAAGCAUGAACACUGUUGAAGAAUGUUAUUACAGAUGUGUUUAUACUCAUUUUCACAUUUAAAUGCAUUUUGCAGACUUAGCUCCUGAUUGUUCUCACUACAAAAGUCGAGUGGUAUCCCUUGGACAGAUUUAGUAUAAAAGAGUCGAAGGAAUUCCCUGUCAUCUGGAAAAAAAGUUUAAAUGUUAAGCGACUGCCGAUUUGCCGUUUGGAAGUUUUUUUUCUUGACGAAUUGAUAACGAUGAGUACAUGCCUAUUACUAAGGUGCCUUGAAUAGCUCUCAUUUGCCUCAAAUAGCUUUAGGCAUAUUAAUUAGCGACUUAAUCAUGAUACA